AUGUCCAAUAAGAGUUUUCUGGUCGGUACUUGCAGAGGGGGACUCCUUCGUUUCUUCACUAAGGAAACGCUUGACGUUGGACAAAGUGCUGAUUAUCCAAACUUUGAAAAAGCGCAAAUGCAGAGGACUCGUAAAUGUGGAAAAAGGAGAUGAAGAGAUCACGAACACAAUCAUAGUCAACGAGACGAAAAAAUGUUGAAACCAACUCGGGCUUGGUGGCAAGAAACUGAAGAAGGGCGGCAUCUCGAUAAACGGUUGAAAAAAUGCGGCAGGUUAGAGUGAGAGUAGAAAGACGAGAAGAGGAUUCAUCAUCCUCUAAAAUACUAUACAGCGCAUCAAGAGUCACAGUAUUUGAGAGAAAAGCCGCCUUAACACUCGAGACAUCUUGUUGGAAAAGAAAUUCAACUCGGCAAAUCAAAUCAUAUUGCUUAUCGGAAGAUUUUGACAGAUCAGGACCUUGACGAAUAAAUUCGAUCAUUCGAAGAAUAUUUUGAGUUUGACAGAGGUAAUCAAUUAGUUUAUUAUCAUAUUCCCUGUAGGCAUCAGUAA